CGUGAGAGCUGAUCAGUUCCAGCGGAUUUUGGUGGGGAACGGGCGUCCCGUAGGCAGGUAGGUAGGUUGGUCUGCUCCCGGUUAGUGGUAGCCGAUGCUACAUUUUUUUAUUCCAGCUAAUCGGAGAUCGGACAUCCGGGCGUUUGUUUAAAGUUAUGCCACGAUCUGCAUUUCGACGUUUAUUCUGUAAGGGGCACUUUUACUUGCAAGAUCGUCCACAGUACCAGCUUGAAUGUCUUAUGCUUAAUUACUGUAUAAUUAAGUGCACAUUCUAAGCCGACAUACCUACACACACACACACACACAUAUACACUGAUGUGCAAUCCUCGCACUGUCCUUUAGGCAGAUCACAAGCAUUAUUUUCGCCUAUUCCAAUCAACGUUUUACAAUGGAAUUCAUUCGUAGCCUUUUUACGUCAAGGAAAUCUCCAAUAGUAGAGACUGAUGAAGUCUACCCACUUACUCUCAUCGACCACCUUGCUCCGGCACGUGGUAGUGUUUUGAGCGAGACUCUCCGAUUCGAUCAGGUGCUGGAUGCCGACAAGCUUCACGAUGCGUUAACGAAGUUGAUUCAGCAGCAUGGCGAUUGGAGAAAAUUAGGGGGUCGCCUUCGACUUCGGCUCAAUGGGUCUCUUGAGAUCCACGUGCCCCGAGAGUUCACUGAAGAACGUCCUGCCGUUCAUUUUACUAAGCAGGCCUUCGAUAUCACCAUUGAGGAACAUGAACUCGGUAUUCAAUUGCCCAAGCUGGCUGAUGGCCCCUCCUUACAGCCAGGGCCAACAGUCUUUGAUCAAUUCAACCCUAUCCCAGAUAGGCCCCAGACAUGGAAGGACUACGCUUAUAGCGACCGUCCUAUUCUCCGGCUUCACGUCACCUCUUUCACCAACUCAACCCUCGUCACUCUCAUUUGGUCGCAUGUCGUCUUCGGCGGCUGCGGCAUUAAGGAGCUCAUUACCGCCUGGUCGAAAGUGCUCCGAGGCGACGACGAUGUACCAGCGCUUCUAGGUGCUCGGACAGAUAUCUUAGAGGGGAUCGGCACCGCUAAAGAUGCAUCGGUGCCGUUCUGUCUUGAACCGAGCAAAAUCACUGGCUGGAGCUUUGUCAGGAUCGUCCUCGGACUGCUGUGGGCCCUGUGGAUGCAUCCGAAAGUAGAGACCCGCGCUCUAUGCCUGCCCCGUCGAUUCGUGUCGCAGCUAAGGAAGACCUGCCUGAAGGACCUUGAAAAUGCCGAUGGGGAAGGCAAGGGAGCAUUUCUCAGCGAGGGCGACGUGUUGGAGGCAUGGCUUGCAAGGUUUGUGGGCGAAGCACGUGGUGACGAAAAAUCCGCCCUGAUCAUGAACGCGCUAGACAUCCAAAGCCGGCUCAAUGCUCCCUGGGGCGCCGGAGGCGUGUACGUGCAGAACACCGGCGUCUGCACCUGGACCUCCAUCACGCCCGACAUCUUGCUUCGGGGCCCGCUCGGCGAGCUAGCAUACGUGAUCCGUCGCAGCAUCCAGGAGCUAGCCACGGACGAGCAGAUCCGUGCCCAGCUGCGCAUCUUCCGGUCCCUCGGGCACACAAAGAUGCUGCCGCUCUUCGGCGACCCGAACUCCCACGUCAUGAACUUCUCCAACUGGUCCAAGUUCAAUCUGUUUGACGCUGCGGACCUCAGCCCAGCGGUAGUGCCAAACUCACCGUCGUUGGUUGGGGGCCAUGUGGGGAAGCCGGUCUACAUGCACUGCCAGGCGGUGGGCGAGAAUCGGAUGCUCAGGAACUGCUUUAAUAUUACGGGGAAGGACUGGGAUGACAAUUACUGGAUCACGGCGUUUCUGUAUCCGGAGGACUGGGAGAAGCUGGAGGAGUAUAUGGAGCUAACACAGCUGCAUAUUAGCGAGAAAACGACGUGAAUACCUUUUUAUGUAUUAUAAUCGUUGGAGUGUAGGUACCUAGUAUGUUGUGUUCCGUGGCUUAAAUGUUGUGAUAGGGAUCAUUCCAUAUACCUUUUCUAGGUAACAACUGGUUUAGUCUGCGGUUUGGUUAUUUAUAAUAAAUGAACCAAUAUAUCUACUUCAGCUCUGAGGGUCUGUUUAAAUAUAGCUG